UCAGUUUCUGUCUGCAGAUCUUACAGACACCCAAGUGGGUCUUCUCUGAUUCAAGUCAGUGCCUUAGUUUCGAGAGAGAUAUCAUCAGCCAUGAAGAUGGGAGCGGUUGGCUCUUCCAAGAGAAGGCUGUCCAGCAGAGGUCUAGGAGGAGCUAUCAGGGAGCAGAGAGCCAGGCUCUAUAUCAUCCGGCGAUGCGUCGUCAUGCUCCUCUGCUGGCAUGACUAGUUUCCGGCGGCCGAGUGGCCGAGUCCGGCGGAUUUUGUAGAUGAACCCCCGGCCUGGAAACCGAUGCAUGGGUUUGGAGAGUUUUUUUUGCCUGAAGGGGUGAACUUUUUGGCCUCUUUUUGCUGCUUCUGGGGACCUUGAGCCUGGUUUUUUAAGUCCUUGGCUAUGGUGAAGAUGGGUCUAAGAAGCAGUUGAUCACUUCAUCCCGUUUUGGAACCAACAAGAAAGAAGAAGAACAGUAUGCUCCAGUAGCCGGCCGGUUGCUGUGUUUUCUGAUCUGAGAUUAGUACAAAUUGUUCAUGUAUUGGCCUGUGCUAGCCCACUGUAAAUAGUUACAAUCUUGUGCUAAUUGAAGAUGAGUUGAGAUCUAAUUAUUUGAGUUCUUGAUUUACCUUGUUAAGCGCUACUGCAAAUUAAUUUUCGAAGUUCCAUGAUU